ACCGCCAGUCCCAGCAGCGGGGGUGGGGGUUCUGCCCUUCAGAAUUACGGGAAAAAGCCUUACUUGUGCUUAGCCGGGCGACUUCCUAUUUUGUCCGUCCCUUCGCGGUGGCGGGGGGGGGCAGAGGCCCCUGUUCAGCCAAGCGCCUGUUCUGCAGCUGAGCAUUUUCUGCCCAUACUUACUGAGGAAAUGUUCAGUAAUUUGAUUUGGAUGCUUGUCCUGCUCUGCAGCUCUGUAGCAGAUGAAAACUCUAUCAGAGAUGCUGACAUUUUCCCUUCAUCUCCUGAAAUUGAAAGAGGAUCCUCUCUGGAACUAUCCUGUGUUCUUAGAAAGAACUACAUUCCUCAGGGAGAUUCAAGCCACAUCAUCUGGAAACUGAAUGAUGCAUUGAUUGCCCCAGAAAACUAUAACAUUGUGAAUGAGACUGUAUCAAGUAUAACCAUCCAUAAUUUCACUUACAGCACAGCUUAUGUGAAAUGUUUCAUGAUGUACUUGGACAAGGAACUACUUUUGGCUCACACAGAAGUUAAAUCUGGCUUUCGUCCAGACAUGCCAAAAAAUAUUUCCUGCAUUUAUUUCUAUGAUGUUAACCUUACCUGUACGUGGAAUGCAGGAAGAAAAACAAGUUUUACAACGAACUAUACCCUUUACCGAAGACUGGCAAGUUCUCCAGAUACAGUCAAAUCUUGCCAGAAUACAACAGAGUCAUGUUCAUUUUUUUAUCCAUACAAUGAUUAUAGUGAUGAUUUUUGUUUUCAGGUGGAAGCUAAAAAUGUUUUGGGUGCAUCCUUAACAGAGUGUGUUUCUAUACCUCUGCAAAAAAUAGAAAAAUUUGCCCCUCCCGAAAUACUUUCAGUUAAAAAAAUCCCUGGUAUAAAGCAGUUACUUACAGUAACCUGGAAAAUGCCUGAGAAGAUUAUCCCUUUAAAGCACAUUAUCUGCCAGGUUCAAUACAGAAACUUGUAUUCAAACUUUACGGAAUUCGUCAAUGUCUCACUGAAUUCUAUCAAGGAUACAGGAUCAUGUAAUCUCACAGGUCUGUGGGACUCCACAGAUUAUUCUGUUUCCAUUCGGUGUAUCAAUAAUGAGUCAGCAUUUUGGAGUGGAUGGAGUGGAGAGAAAAACGAAAGCACUGAAGAAAAAGCUCCUUCAGAAAAAGUGGAUUUGUGGAGAGUAAUUGAGUCUUCACACUCAUCUAGAAAUAGAUCUGUACAUCUCCUGUGGAAGCCAUUAAAAAGCUUUCCACCUUCUGGGAGAAUUCUAGGCUACAAAAUACAGUAUUUUCCAGAAAACAAGCCUGCACGUAAAAGGACAAACAACUCUACUGAAAAUAAAAUCACCUUACUUUUAAAUGAAGAGGCACAUAUAAUAUCUGUCACUGCCUAUAACUCUGCUGGAGAGUCUCCUGAAGCUAUUUUGAGGAUUCCAUCCAGUCAUGAAAAACCCUCUCAGAUGAUUGAAUCUGUGAUAACCUCUACAACAAAUGAAGAAGUGGUGGUGCAAUGGAUAACCUCUGAACCAGAAACAACCAACUAUGUGGUUGAGUGGUAUGAGGAAUUGGAGAUGGACCCUUUUGGUAGAUCAUGGCAAUAUGUAUCAAAUUCUACAGAGUGGAAAAAUAACAAAAAAAACUUUGAACCAUUUGUAUGCUAUAACAUCUCAGUGUAUCCUCUUUAUGGAAGUAAUGUAUCAGCUCCAUUUUACACACAAAUCUAUGUUCAAGAAAAAGAGCCAUCAGAAGGACCUGUGGCUGAUACAGGCAUUCUGGGGAAAAACGAAGUCACAGUAACGUGGAAUGAGAUUUCAAAGGCUAAAAGAAAUGGAUUUAUCACUAACUAUACAAUAUUUUAUAAGCCUGAAGACGGAAAAGAAUUGAAUGAAACAGUGAACUUUGACGUUCUGCAAUACAGACUGAAGUCCUUACAGGCUAAUACACAAUACACUGUUCGGGUCAUGGCAAGCAACCAAGCUGGUGGAACCAUUGGAGAGCCAAAAACCUUCAAGACUUUGAAACUGGAUAAAGAGGAUAUCCUUUUUAUUGCUCUACCUGUUGGGAUGAGCAUGUUGUGUCUGAUAGGCCUUUGGAUAACUUGUGUUCUGAAAAAACAUGCAUUUAAAAAGGUUUGCUGGCCUGAUAUACCAAAUCCUGAAGAGAGCCUUGCAGUGGAAUGGCCUUUUUCUCCAUCUGUGAAUAAUUCAUUCUUGAAGAGAGUGUCAUCUCAGGCUAAAACUGUAGACUUUGAAGACAUAAAUGUUUUGGAAUAUUGUUCUCCUGAAGAAAGUCAGGAAGGAUCACUACUAAUAAAUUGUGAAAACCAUGUUUCUGAAUGUACUGAUAUUAAUCAAAAAGGCAUAACUAACAGAGAUGAGAAGAUACUGCAUAAUGAAGAAAAUGAAGUUGCUAAAUGUUUUUCCCCAUCCAUGUCCUAUAUACUUACUGAACAAUUUACCAGAAGUCAAAUGCAUUCAGCUUUGAUACCAGUGGAAAAAGUCCAACCCGUAGAAAUGGUGGCAAAUGAUUUGUGUGGAUCCCAACAGAAUCCAAUUAAAAAUGAAGAAAAUGAGGAUGAAGAAGUUUUAAAGCUGGAAGAUUUCAGUGAAAAGCCACUGUUCAAUCCAUACCUUAAAAAUUCAGUUAAAACAAGGGAAUUUCUUGUUUCUGAGACCUUGCCAGAACCCAGUACGGAUGAAUGCAAAAGCCAGUCAAGUGUCUUGCCUCCUUUUCAACCAAAUCUUCCAGGACAAUCCUACAUAACACUGGACAUGUUCAGGCUGGCCAAAGCUCAGUAGUGUGAGAAAGCUCCAUCCUACAAUCCACCUGUGAGACACGCCUUUGCCACUGCUGCUCAUUCUCAUGUUAUAACAUGGCUGAUCUCAGUUAAUUUGGAUGGGAACACCCUCUUCCUUCAAACAGCUGUGAAGUAAUUCUUUACACUGUGUGUGUACAUGUCACAGUUCACUUUCAGUGUGGAUGUUUGGGGUUUUUGUUGGUUUCUGUUUUUUUGUUUUGGUGUUUUUGUUUGUUUUCUUGGUGGUUUGUUUUUUUUUUUUUUUUUUUUUUUUUUAACCAGGCAUGCCAGUAAUGAAGCAGAAGAAGUAGCUUUUGUUAUAUCUUCUUAGUUCUUCUGUAUCAACCUGCUGAAACAAACUGAUACUUGCUGCAGGAGCAUCCAGCAGUACAAGCAGCUCAUGUCUUCCUCCUCACACAACCAUUUCCCAAGGCUCAGCUCUGAUGGGGAAACAUGGGCACACUUGAAGAGUCAGAAUCUGCCAAAUCCUUCCUUCACUUACAUGAAACGGAACUACUGUCCUGUUCUUAUUUCCCUUGAUUGUAUUUUAUCUGGUUUUAUGUAUCAUGUUUCUCUUGUUUUACAAAGAUUUUCUGGAUUUCAGUAGUUGUCUUUUUGUAUCCUGACUCUUGAAUUAAUAGUUUGGCUUAUAGUUUCUUGUCUUUAAUGAGAGUAUACUUGUUAUGUUAUCUGUGUUUUGGAAAAUACAUUUGCUUGCUGUGUUGCUUCCUUUCCUUUCUCAUAUUUUUAAUAGUCCUCAGCAUUUUGUGCUGUUUUUGUUUCUCCUGUUUGUUUCCUCCUUUAAAAAACUGCUUGCUGCAGGAUAGCUUCUUAUCUUCUUGUUCCUUUUCUUCUAAUUUAUUUCAAUUAAAAACUGCAUUUCCCGGUUGAGAUUUUGGUAUUUUGAACUGAAAAAAAAUCAGCUCAAUAUGUCAUCUUGUUUUAGAAUAAGCACUGAGUUAGGAAGUUAUUUUUCAGGGAGGUAAUGAAAAAACACUUAAGUCUAUAAAAUCUUCCCAGAUAUUUUCUGGUAAUUGAUUUAAUAUUAAGUAUUUCUACAUUAAGGGUAUAAUUUUGUUAUUUGUUUUAUGUUUUUGUUAAGUCGUAAAUCAAAUUACAGUUUCCAUUUUACAAAUAAGCAAUUAAGCAGUAAAACAAUCACACUAAUUUUUUAACAAGAAAGAGGCCAUUAUGGUAAAACUUUUACUGGAGUAAUCUGCUAAAUAACAGCUUUAAAAAGAUGGAGAGUCUAAGUAAGUAUUAGAAGGGGGUGUUCAGUAUGUCACAUAUGGGGGAUAUGGUAAUUUUAAGACUAUGAACUAUUUUUUGCAGUAUUUAGAGGCUUGAUGUCAUCACUCUUGUUUGCACAAGAUUGUAGUUUGCACAAUUGCAGAUUUCUUCCAGGGUAAAAAAAAGAUACAGGAGUUAUGGGGAUAGAAAAAUGAGAGACAAAUGUGAAUAGGAUUAGAAAGCCUUUCCUUUCUGUGCAGGAAGAGGAGUGGAAGAACGGAAAAUAUAUUGUAUUGAGGAGGGUGAGCCUUUCCCUGGAUGCAGUGACUAUUACUUGCAUUGUUUUGGGAGAAACAGUGUAAAGUUUUGCAUUUAGGAUCUUUUUCUAUAGUUUGGAAGCUACUUUAACUUAGAACAAUGUUCCUCUAGUUGGCAAGAAAGGAAGGGAAAACAAUUUCUGCAAAUGUUCGUUAUCCAGCAACACUAAUUUCCACCUCUCAUGUUUGUUGGAUCACUUUGUCAGUCACAGUGCUCCAAGAUGAAAUGCAUGUAUGUUUGCUCUUAUAAGCCCUUGCUUACUUAGGUAAGUCAUACUCUGAAAUUAGGACAAAGCUUUGGUUAGGUCAGUGCUUUUUUCUGCUGCUUCAGUUGGUUCUGGACUUCUGACUCACAGCCACAUUGUUGUCUCUCCAGUCUCAAGAACUCACUGAUUCCAUCACAGCAAUUUUUUCCCUUAAAUGUCAGUGUUUGUUUAAUAUCACAAUAUAUAAAAAUAAACAUAUGCAGAGAUAUUUGGGCCUUUCUAGGAAUUGUUUAGCAGCCAUAUGAAAGCUGCAUAUUCCGAGUUGCAUGUUUGAGACAGGUAAAAAGUGAAAAUAAUGCAACCUUUAAGGGAUCAUUAGAAAAAAGAGGCUCUUCCUGGGUGGCCUGUGUAGGUUAUCCUUGUAACAAUUCUUAGGUUCUGGAGGGUGAGUAUAUCCUUCUUUUUUAUCCCCCUUUACCUUCCCUACUGAUAUUCUGCUUUUCUCUCCUCAUUUUUCUGCUUCCCUUCCCCAUUAUUUUCUCAGAAAAAGCAAAAUGCUAGAAGUGGGCUCAAUACAUUCCAGAAAAUAAGGCUGCCUUUUGCUUUGGAAUGAAAGCUUCUUGCACUUGGUUUGUUUUGCAUUGGGAAUUGUACUCUUUCUCACCUUUUGCAAUUUGUCUUUCAAACUAACACUGUGAACCAUUAAAAAAUUAAAACUGAGAAAAGGUGUAAUUUUUUUUAUUGAUUUAUACUAAACACACCAUUUAGAUAUUUUGGCUUUUCAUAUUCACAUAGAAUAGGUCUCAUUUUGGACUGCUGUUUAUAGGGUCACAAGAGAGGGGGUUUCGGUCAUAGUAGCUUUCUACACCCACAAUUUGAGUCAGUAACUUUUUUUGAAUGGUCAACAACAAAAAAUAUUAUUCCACUUGGGUUGUUAUUCAGGCAAGAAAAAUAAGUUUCCAAGUCAGAUUGUUAAUGAAACAGGUACUUGUUAGACAGCCCUUAUUCCUGGGAGCAGACAGUAGUCUGAAAAAAUCAGUAGGAGCUUCUUGGAGUCCGGGGCAUUCCUCUGGCUGCCCCGAGGGGUCU